AUAUAGAAACGCACUGUACGCGCGCGCCGCCGAAGUGAAGGUGGAGGGGGGAGAAACGGGUUUUGUUUUGUGUACAUUGCGCUUGUGCGGGAGCAGGCGAAACAUCGUGGUGCGAACGGCAAACGAAGGAAGGAGCCAAUGCUUGACAACUCGCCCCCAAGGCUAUGGUGGGACGGCGGACCGGUUCCGGCGAGGAAAACUUGGUCAGCAGUACCAGAAAGCGUGAUUGCCCAACACCAGCAGCAGAAGUGAGCGCCACUUUUCUGUCCCGGGGGUGGUGACGGGCGCGAGCACACGCGUGUGUGGUGUUGCAGAAGCCAAUUUGCUAAUCUGUGCUGUGUGUGUCCACCUUUCUAGAACUGUGACUGCGCCACUGCGGGGCCCGGAAUGCGUGUGCCGGACGGGGUUUUUGGUGGGGUGGUAUCGUCGACGUGUUGCGAGAGAACUGCGUGAACACACAGCGUAUCGUCCGAUGUGCUGCGCAAACUAGGUGAUGAAUGACGAAGGCGGCGUGCGUAUAUGAGCGCUAGCGUGCAGUUUCUGUUCCCUGCCAAAGGUGGCCUACUGUAAACGUAGUCAACAAAAAACCCAGAUUUUGUGUGCAAAACAGUGUGUGAAAUUAAGUGCAAUUUUAGGGAGUGAGAAAAGUGUUGAUAUCCAACAGCAACGGGCGCACGGAAUGCACGGAAAGGUCGGAUAAGGUCACGAUUCCGUGUUGAUAAGGUGUGCAGAGAAUAUAGAGUGACAAAGUUACCAAAAGACACUGCAACUUUCAAGAGAACGCGUGCAAGCAAAACGGUAAGAGUGAAACACCCUCAACGGGGCACCGAGCUCGUUUCGAAGUGGUUGGUUGGGAUUGAUUGUUAUUGCCGGAACAGGAUUUCUCACUAUAUCAGUCGCGGCUGUGCGUAUGUGUCAACAGCCGCUUAUCUAAUUGGGUAAGGCGCGUCAUCAACCAUCCGUUUGCCACACCUCCGUGCGGGGCUCGUCGAGGCAUCGUUGAUAACGCGCCAGAUAAUCCAUGAUCCUUAUCAAGGAUUAGUGGGGCAAGCGCGCCGGACAGGCCGUACUAUCCGUUCCCACAAUCACUGCAAUGUGCUUCACACGAAUGUGGCACUAAGUGGUUAACACAGCACGGAGCAAAGCAAUGGCACCGAAUCCCAGCAUUGGCAGUAGGCCACCGAACCACCGCUCGAACGAUGUCGUGGUGGAAUCGAUGACGAUAAAGCUGUCGCCGGGGAAGCUGGCCGAGUUUCGAAACCUGCUUGCGCCCCAGUACCGCGAGCGCCGCGACAUGACGAAGCGGUACAGGGUGACGGUACCCUUCCGGAAGGAUCAACCGGUGACGCCGGAAAGGCUGAAGCAGCUCGUACUUGCCAGCGGCCGCAUUCAGCUACUGCUCGAUGAGCAAUCAUCGAACGACAAAGCGAAGCGUGCCGAACUAGCCCGAACUAUCGCCGAGCUGCUGGACGAGAUUGGGCUGGCGGAAAAUUUGCCCGUCAUCCGCACGCUCGGCACGAUGCUGAACGCCAUCUUCGAUCGCAUCUACACCGGUGUGUACGUGAACGAGGUGAAGCUGGAGCAGCUGCGGUCGCGGUACGGCCGCCAGACGGUGCUGUACCUGCCGAGCCACCGCAGCUACGGUGACUUCAUACUGAUGUCGUACGUGCUGUUCUGUUACAACAUUGCCAUCCCGGGCAUAGCGGCCGGGAUGGACUUCUACUCGAUGGCCGGCAUGGGCAGUGCGCUGCGCAAUACGGGCGCGUUCUACAUGCGCCGCACGUACGGUAACGACCGCCAGUACUGGUACAUCUUCCGCGAGUACAUGCGCCAGCUGAUAGUGGCGUACGACCGGGGGAUCGAGUUCUUCGUCGAGGGUACGCGCAGCCGCAGCAACAAGGCGCUGUCGCCGAAGAUUGGCCUGCUCUCGAUGGCCCUGGAGCCACUGUUUAUGGGCGAGGUGCCCGAUCUGCUCGUGGUGCCGGUGAGCGUAUCGUACGAUCGGCCCGUCGAGGAGCAGCUGUUCGUGUACGAGCUGCUCGGUGUGCCCAAGCCGAAGGAAACGACCCGCGGGCUGCUGAAGGCGCUCAGCAUUGUGCGCGAGAACUACGGCACCAUCUAUCUCGAGUUUGGCGAUCCGCUCUCGGCGAAGGACUACUUCGGCGAGGGGUUAAACCGAACGCGCCACACCGUCGCGCCGACCUUUGCGCAAACGUUGGCCCGGGAGGAGCGCGAUGCGAUACAGAAUCUGGCCAACGAUGUGGUACAUCUGCAGCAGCACCGCAUGGUGCUGACGGCGUUUCAUCUGAUUGCGAUCCACUACAACUACCGGAAGUACCAUGGGCAGACGGUAACGCUUGCCGAGCUGGUGACGGGCGUGACGCAGCUCGGGCGCAUGCUCGAGGAUCUCGGUGCCGUUACGGAGGUGGAGGGCUGCACGGACGUGCAGCAGCUCUGUCUCGGUGCGCUCGAUGUGCACCGGAACGUGUUGCAGCUGACGGGCGACGGGGUGCUGGUGAUUGCCCGCUCGUACCACGAUUUCAGCCGCGUCGACAAGCGAAAGCUGAAGGGCUACAACCUGACGGACGGUGUGAUGAAGCUGGCGGUGCCAAUCUUCUCCCUCCAGCUGUACUGCAACCCCUGUCUGCACUGGUUGGCCGUACCGGCGAUGGUGCUGCUGGCAGGGCGAGCGCUGGCCACGGGCGGUACCGCAUUGCUGCUGCGCAGUGAGCUGCUGCGAGCGGUGCGAGAGCUGCGGACGUUGUACGGGCUCGAGUUUGUGCUGUACGCGCGCCGCGAAACGGUCGAGUUUGAUGCCGCGCUGGAGCAUCUGUACCUGCAAGGGCUGUUGCGGUCCAGUCCGGCCGGGCAGGACACGUUGGAUUUUGCACCACAGGGCGAUCUGGCCAGCGUGUAUCUGAGCGCGCUCGGUCCGUUCCUGUGCACCUAUCUGCAAUCGGUGGCGGUGCUGGUGGACCAAUUCCGCGGCAAGGCACAGUUCACCGAAAAGGAGUACCUGGCGGCGGUACAGCAGCACGUGGAGCAGCAGCUGCUGCGGCAGGAGCGCAACGUACACCCGUACUGCCUGUCGCUCGACAGCAUUAGCCUCGCGCUGCACUCACUAGUCUCGCUCGGUGCAGUGAGGAAAUCGAAAAGUGAUAAUGUGUAUCGCUACGAUCUGGGUACGGACGGUAUGAUCGAGUCGAUCCACGAACGACUAAAGCGCUACUGUGCGCUGCUUCCCUUCGAGUACCUCACAUUCCAGAACGCCGUCACCGGGUGUAAAUUGUAAUGCUUCAACGUGCGCCACUUGUAAACGAACAACGCUUUUGGGGAGGUAUAAGAGAUAGCAGCAGCAUCAACACUGGGGAUAUUGCUGGAACCCAUGCAUGCCGCCUAGAUUCGGACUCGCUGAUAACAACUCAUUAAUGCAAUUGUUGUAAAUCUUUGUUUGUUUUUUCAUCGUACGCUAGGAACAAUUAAUUUAUAUUUACCUUGGAACGGUCAUCGGAAGGUAAUUGUGUAAUUAAGUGCAAAGUAAAAAAAACAGUACAGCAUUUAGUUAAGGGGAGAUUAGUUUGUAGAGCAGCAUCUAUAAUGGGCGUUAGGGAGCUGCGGAUGAAGGUGGAAUUGAAAGCUUCGACACACUGCAAGUCAUACCAAUAAAAGACAUUCUUCAACGGAGAAA